CUUACUGCUUGCCUACGGUGUCUUAAAGUAUCCCUACUCGUGUUUGCAGAAUCAUGAUUAGCAUUUAGUUUUUAAGUAAGAAGAGGUGUGUGAACUGUAUUUUCAAGCAGAAUGUCGAGUAGUGUGGCGUUACAGGCACAUGUGGCUACCGUCAUAGAAGCGUUAAUUCACGCUGCGAUCGUAGAAAUGAGCAAACUUAUGGAAGAAGAUACCCUGUCUUUUAUAACUCGUGAUAUUUCUUUGGAACAAUGUGAAAACAAGGAGUUAAAGUCAAGAUUGGCGGCAGAAAAACAGCAGAGGAUGAGGCAGUUUGCAUCAGUCAUGGAAGUUUUGGGAAAUGAAGCUCUUGGGAAAAUAAUCAAACUGUUUGAUGAAGCUAAAUUUCUGUUGAACUUAGAGUGCAAAACAUUUUCAGGCAAGAGGAUGAAGCGGCCAGGCAGCAUCCUGAACAUACUAUCUGUGGGAGGACUGGAAGAGGAACAUUCUUAUGAUGGAAGUGGCAGAAGCAUGGAGACCAGAACAAGAACUGAGUCUGAUGAGGCAGCAGAGGACCGUCCAGAAUCCCCAAUGAUAUUGGCUGUGACGAUCAAAAAUGAAUUUGGAAAAAUUGACAUGAAUUCCAUCAUGACUGGUCACCUAAAUGCUGUUUCAGAAGAUGGAGUAACUUCUAUUUUACAAGAAGAGGGCUGUGAAGAUACUCAAAAUGUCACUGCUCACCAUGGAAAGAGGUCCUUUAUUUGUUCUGAGUGUGGCAAGAGUUUCUCUUCUCUAAGUAACCUCAGAUCACACCAGCGCAUUCACACUGGAGAGAAGCCCUUUGGCUGCGUUCUUUGUGGCAAGGCUUUUGCUCACAAACAGAGUUUGUCUGACCACCAACGUGUGCACUCAGGGGAGAAGCCCUUUGUUUGUAAGGUCUGUGGCAAGUGCUUUGGGAAAACGGCACAUCUCAAAACCCACGAAAUAAUCCACACUGGCGAAAAACCAUUCAGUUGCAACGUCUGCGGAAAAAGAUUCAACAUAGCUCAAAAUCUUGCCAGGCACCAACUCACGCACACCGGCGAAAAGGAGUUUAGAUGUUCAAUCUGUCAGAAAAGUUUCACAAGGGCUAUAACUCUAAAAACCCAUCAACUGAUCCACACUGGUCAGAAACCGUACUCUUGCGUGUCAUGUGGGAAGGCGUUUCGCCAUGCCGUCAACCUGAAGAACCACGAACGGAUUCACACGGACCAGCGGCCAUUUAGUUGUGACUUGUGUGGCAAGACUUUCCGCCAGGCUGUAAAUUUGAAGAUCCACAAACGGAUCCACACCGGAGAGAAACCUUUUAGCUGCAAGGAGUGUGGAAAGAGCUUUAGUCAACAGAGUAGUCUGAUUUCACAUGGACGCACUCAUUCUGGAGAAAAACCCUUUGGUUGCAAUUUCUGCGAUAAGUGGUUUAACAAUACCAACAGUCUAAAGCUGCACCAGAGGAUCCAUACUGGUGAAAAGCCGUACAAUUGUGAGUAUUGUGGCAAGUGUUUUAGUCAAGGUAGUCACCUACGCACUCACAAACGGCACGUGCAUGGCGGGGGGAAGCAGUACAUCUGUGAUAAGUGCGGAAAGAGAUACGCAGAUCCACGCAAUCUGAAGGUGCACAAAUGCGUUUAUGCAUAAACGCAUAUAGGCCACAUUUAUUAUGAUAGUUGCAAUCAAGUGUAACAAUAGUUUUGAGCUGUGCAAUUAGAGAUUUCAUUACAAGAUUGUGGACUGUGGAGUGAGCUGAUAUUUUAAACAAUAAAAUUACAUUUCAUAGUUGUCACAAGCGUAAUUUUCUAAUUCUUAUUACAGGUUAUAUCCUGGGUUAAUAGUUGCAAUUUAUUUUGAAUGAACAUAUAUUCUGUACCUUUCUUUGCUUAUGAAAUGACAACUGAGACAAAUUUCUUUUUCAGAUUAUAAUUAACAAAGCUUGUAUACCAGUUGUAUUAAUGUUUGAUACCUGUAAUAUAAGUAGUUAUAGAAAAAUUACAACCAAGAAAAGAAACAACUGGUUUUGAUGUCUAAAAUUACAAUGAUGUCUAACACACUUCAUGCAUAUAUUAUAAUGUAUUUUAAAACGGAAGAUGUCAAGCUAAAUUCAGAUUCCAUGAAUGUUUCCAUAUGGUUGAAUACAUUUAUUAUUGUUUUUGCCAAAAUAUUUAUAUUUAAUUUCAUGACAAUUUUGCAAAAUACAGAAUCUUUUUUCAUUAAAACAUUGCUUAA